CCUUAUUUCCUGGUUAAUUGUUACAGUAGUGAGGCGGAGGCAGAAACAGGACAGAUGUAUAUAAGCGUGCUCAGAUGUGCAGAGCCUGCAGUCUGGUGCAACGCACUAGAGAGUGAAGAUGAGCAACUGGAUAAUCAAUCACGGACCGAGUGCCUUCAUCGUGGUGGUGUGGAUGGGCAUCAACAUCUUUCUGUUUGUCCGCUUCUACAUGUUCUAUGAUUUGGGACCCCAAUUUGAGUACACUCGUGAACUUUUAGGGGCUGCAUUGCCAUGGGCCAGGGCUCCAGCUGCUGUCCUCAACUUCAACUGCAUGCUUAUUCUGCUGCCAGUGUGUCGCAACCUGCUGUCUCUUCUUCGAGGCUCAUUCAUGUGCUGUGGAAGAACAAUGAGGAAACAGCUGGACAAAAAUAUGACUUUUCACAAGUUGGUUGCUUACAUGAUUGCCCUAAUGACAGCGGUUCAUACUAUUGCUCAUUUGCUUAAUGUGGAGUGGUACAGCAACAGUUUAGAUGGGCGAUAUGGACCUCUUGCAGAAGAGCUCUCCAGCCUUCCGGACUCAUUAAAUACCACUUACUUGAAUCCUGUUCGAUCCAAUUCUACAACUCCAACCAUCUUCGUUUUCACCACCAUUGCGGGUCUCACAGGAGUCAUCAUAACUCUUGCCCUCAUCCUUAUUAUCACUUCCUCAAUGGAAGUCAUCCGCCGAAGCUACUUUGAAGUCUUUUGGUACACACACCACCUCUUCAUCGUUUUCUUCGCGGGUUUAGUUUUCCAUGGUGCAGGGCGCAUUGUGCGAAGUCAGCUAGAGUCAGAUCCACCUCACAACAAUUCCUUAUGCGAAGAUCAACCAGAGAACUGGGGGGAAAUUCCAGAAUGUCCAAUUCCCCAGUUUGCUGGAGGGUUUCCUCAGACCUGGAUGUGGGUGAUCGGACCAAUGAUAAUUUACCUUUGUGAACGACUGCUACGUUUCGUUCGCUACAUGCAGCCAGUCAGUUAUAAAAAGAUUGUAAUCCGCCCAUCUAAAGUGUUGGAACUACAGUUGGUGAAGCCUGGUUUUAAGAUGGAAGUGGGCCAGUAUAUCUUCCUCAAUUGUCCAGCCAUCUCCCAACUGGAGUGGCACCCAUUCACCAUGACAUCAGCCCCUGAGGAGGACUUCUUUAGUGUGCACAUUCGCUCAGCUGGAGACUGGACUGAGAAGCUCAUCAAGAUGGUCGAAAACCUGCCGGAGGGUGGGCAAGGACUUAAGUAUGUACUCUUUUGCAUUCUGCUGAUUGUACAUUCAUCCCACUUAAUACAAUUUCUCUAUGCACACAGGCUGCGUCUGAAUUUGCAUACAGUCAGAGUAUAUUCUUCUUUGAUUCAUUUCUUUGAUGUGCUUUUUUGAUGACCGUUAAAAAAUACAUUCUUUAGGUAUGUAGAUGAGUAGUAUGAAUACAUUCCCAGACAUAAUACAUACACGAAUGUGGGCAUUGUCCUGCAACUUGAAUGUAUUACGCAGUAACAAGAACCAGUUUACUCUAACAAAUACAAUUUAACCACAAUUAACAACUUUCUUGGUAUAUAGUACUUGCAGUUAAAAAGAGCUGUCCGGUUAUGCUCUUUGAUUAUGAUAUCAUCUCAUCACCCCUGGCAUCAUAGAGUUGUAAAGUGUCCAAUGGUUGCCAAUUCAGAAUCUUGGUGGUGGUAGUAGGUCAUCCGGGUAUCAUUCUACUCAUCU